AUGGAUAUUAAAUCAGCUCAAACAAAUACUUCUUCUAUAAUAACUUCUCCAAAUACUUAUUCUAAUCAAUUUCAAAAUAUUCGUGAUCGUUUUGAACAAAUAAUAUCAAGUGAUCGUACAAAUAAUGUUCAUCGUCAUACAUCAGAAAAUAAUCUUAAUCAAAUAAAUUCAUCACCAACACCAAUAACAAUACAAAAAGCUUCUCGUUCACAUCUACUUCAAACAACAGCAACAUCAACAGAAGAUUUAUUAAUAAAACCAUCAUCAAAAAAUUUUCAAUCUAAUGAACGUCUAUCUGCUUUAAUUGAUAAAACAAAUCAUUUAAGAUCGAAUAAUACUAGUGCUAGUUUAAUUGAUUUAACUUCUAUUGAUAAAUUAUCAUCAAGACCACGUUUUCGUUUUGUUCCACCAUCAAAUCAAAAUCUAACAUUAAAAGAUGAACAUAAUAUUGAACAACAAACAAAUCAAAAUUAUGAUCAAUAUCAUCUCAAGACAAUACCACAAGAACGAACAUCACUUAAUAAUCAAAAUAAAUGUUCACAUAAAAUUGUGAAACCAGUUGUAAUAAUUCCAUCAACACCUAAAUCUGUACUUAUUGCUCAUUUAACAGAGACUAAUAUUCAUCAUGAAAAUGGCAAAAGUGCGUUUAAACCACAUCGAUCAAGUAAAAAUGAUAUUUCAUCAAAAGUUGAGCCAACAUCACCAACAUCAAAUAAAAAACGACUUGAAUCUAUACAUCCAUCAAAUCUACAUGUUGGAAUAACAAAUUCAAAUAAUCAAACAUCUGAUACUAAUUUACUAAUUCGCCAAAAACAAACAAUAUCACAAGUUCAUCAAUCAGUGCCAAAUCUUUCUGCAAAAGGUACAUCAGAAAAAAUUAAUGCAACUAUGAUUACAUCACGCACAUCAGAUCAAUCAACGUCAACGGAUUUUAUGAAACCACCACAAUCAAAUAAAUUAAAUGGACAUCGUCCAUAUCAACUUCCAGUCAGCUCUGAAGAUCCGAUUUCAAAAUGGAUUCAACAAGUUCAUAAUAGUAGUAGUAGUAUUAAUGGUCUAAUACAUCCAUCACAUAAUCAACCGUUUAUUAAUGGAGGAGAAUAUCGAUCUCAACAACAGCCUUAUCCAUAUGGUUCUUACAUGCCAACACAUUCUGGUAUUUCACAAACAACUAAUGGUUCCGAUUAUGCUCAUCAUCAACAUACAUAUUCAAAUCCAGUAAACAUACAUCAAUAUAUUUCUCCACCACAUUCAGCUCCUAUUCAAUCUGCUUAUCUUUCGUCGUCACCUGUAUCAAAAAAAGGAAUUUUCUCACCGCCAUUAUCCAAUGUAUAUAAUUUCAAUCAAACUAAUGUUUCCAGAGAAGGACAAUCAAAACGUCAUUCAAAUCGUCAAAAUGCUCCUGUGACAAGUUAUCUUUAA